AUGGACACACUCGAGGAGCGGUUUCGCCACAGCGCCGCCCGCCAGGACCGGCCGCUGGAGUACCUUAUCCGCAAGGCAGUGAGACGCCAGAACUUCGACGAUUUGACGGCAGCGAUGGCGCUGCGGACCAUCUACGUCGGUAAGCUUUCCCACUUCACUACGGAAGAACAGAUCUACGAGUUGUUCUCCAAAUGUGGCGCCAUCGACAAAAUCAUCAUGGGGUUGGACCGCAAUAAACUCACACCGUGUGGGUUUUGUUUUGUCGUCUACCGUGAGCAGCAGGGGAGUUUGGACGCGAUGAAGUACUUGAACCACACCUGUCUUGAUGGCCAAUACGUGUCGAUUGACUUGGACCCGGGUUUCAAAGAAGGACGACAGUACGGUAGAGGGAUCUUUGGUGGCCAGGCCGGCCAGGAAGCGCUGAUGGACCGCAGAGGCUUCAGAGGAAGAGGUCCUCCUCGGGGCGGCUUCCGCGGCGGCCGGGGGUUUAGAGGCCGGGGCCGGGGGUUCCGCGGUCGAGGCAACUUCUAA